GGCUCUCUGGAACAGCUAAGAGGCAGUCAGUGUGACAGGAGGGAGGAGCCAGAGCUGAGUUGUGACCCAGCCCCUCCCCCUGCCCUAGGCUCCCAGUGACAUUCCUAAUGGUUGGGGACUGACUCACCCCCUCUUCAAAGGCCCGGCCUGGCUCAGCUAUUUAACCCGGUGGCAGCUCCAGAAUUCUGCUCUGCGGGGAGCUGGGGCCCCGCCCGCAGACCUGCUCCUCUCCGGGGCCUGCGCACGUCCUUGGGUCCUCAGUCCCUGGCUGCCCCUGUGCCCUGGCCCCAGCCAUGGCCGUGCAGGUGUCCCUGUGGCAUCACUACCUGCAGGCCAUCCGCUCGAGGGGGGCGCCCCGGGCACAGGACUACCAGCGAGCGGAGAACGUGCUGCUAGUGGUGAUGGAGCGGGUGCACGAGCUGGACCCCCGCUUCCUCGUGGACUACUCCCGGGACCUGGAGGCCUUCCAGUUUGCCCUGCGCUCCUCCGAGGACCCAGUGCGCAUGGAGGUGCCCCUGUGGGUGGACGCCGAGGUCCUCCUGGUUGAAGAGGCGGGGGCCGCCGAGGAAGGGGAUGGACCCACGUCCUGCCGCCUGGGUAUCCCCAGGGAAGGGGCCAACCUGGAGCGGUGGACAGCCGAAGACGUCUCCAGCAUCUCCUCGGAGGGGAGUGGCACCUGCUGCAGCCACAUUGUGCCCAGCAAGGUCCUGCGUGUCCUCAAGGACCUUCUGGUGGCGGCCAUCGUGCACUGCAAACACCAGAGCCUCAUCGCACCAGGGUCUCUGAACGCAGACAGCCUGAGGGAGGAGGAGCUCCAUCUGUCCCUGCUGGUGUCCAGUGGCUGGAGAACAGUGUGCUUCCACGUCGUGCCUGUGGUACGAAGAAGGCAGAGGGUGCCCUCCCUGGAGGGGGCCCAGCUGACGCAUGGGUUCCCUGAAGGCAGCUUGAAGAGGAUCGUCAGCCAAGAGGUGGCGCUGGUACCAGCUGGUGCCCAACACUGGAGGGUCUCCACUGACUACUUGCUCACCAGACUGCUGGGUGCACUGGGCUCCUUCCCGGGCCACCGCCUGGACAGCCUCUCCAUCCUGGACCGGGUCAACCACGAGAGCUGGCGUGAUGGUGGCCAGAGCCCUGGCCUGACCUUCGGCCAUCUGAAGAUUGUGUUGCUGUGGGCCGCAGUGCUCUUCCCGGAGCCGGAAGACUGGGCGGAGCUGCAGGGCGCCGUGUACCGGCUGCUGGUGGUGCUGCUCUGCUGUCUGGCCACCAGGAACCUGCCGGACUUCCUCCACCCCGAGCGGAACCUGCUUGCGGAUGCCGGGCUGGACCUCAACGCCCUGUACCAACGCGUGGAGCACUUCGCCAGCCAGCCAGAGCCGUCCCUGCGCAUCCACGUGACCCACCUGGGCCGCAGCCCCCCGCCGCGCCUCGGCAGUGGGGUCAAGGCGCUCCUGCAGCUGCCUGCCAGCAACCCGGCCUACUGGGCCACCGCCUACUUUGACGUCCUGCUGGACAAGUUCCAGGUCUUCAAUAUACAGGAUAAGGACCGGAUCUUGGCCAUGCAGAGCAUCUUCUGGAAGACCAGGACUCUGGACAACGAGGAGUGCUGA